AUGUCUGACAAACCAGCUGAAUUGAAACUAUGGGGUGGUAGAUUCACCGGUGCUACUGAUCCUUUAAUGAAUUUAUAUAAUGCUUCAUUACCUUAUGAUCAAAAAAUGUAUGCUGCUGAUUUAGAAGGUACAAAAGUUUAUACACAAGGUUUACAAAAAUUAGGUUUAAUCACUGAACAUGAAUUAUCAGAAAUUCAUAGAGGUCUUGAACAAAUUGGUAAAGAAUGGGCUUCUGGUGAAUUUGUGGAGAAAGAUGGUGAUGAAGAUAUUCAUACUGCAAAUGAAAGAAGAUUAGGUGAAAUUAUUGGUCGUGGUAUAUCUGGUAAAGUUCAUACUGGUAGAUCAAGAAAUGAUCAAGUUGCUACUGAUAUGAGAAUUUUCGUUCGUGAUGAAUUAACUAAAAUUUUAAAUUUUUUAAAAGAAUUAAUUUUAACAAUCAUUAAAAGAGCUGAUACUGAAAUGGAUGUUUUAAUGCCAGGUUAUACUCAUUUACAAAGAGCUCAACCAAUCCGUUGGAGUCAUUGGUUAAGUAUGUAUGCUACAUAUUUCACUGAAGAUUAUAAAAGAUUGGAACAAAUUAUUGAAAGAUUAAAUGUUUCUCCAUUAGGUGCUGGUGCUCUUGCUGGUCAUCCAUACGGUAUCGAUAGAGAAUUUUUAGCUGAAAAUUUAGGUUUCAAUGGUGUUAUUGGUAAUUCUUUAGCUGCUGUUUCUGAUAGAGAUUUUGUUGUUGAAACAAUGUUUUGGUCAUCAUUAUUUAUGAAUCAUGUUUCAAGAUUUAGUGAAGAUUUAAUUAUUUAUUCCACUGCUGAAUUUGGUUUUAUAAAAUUAGCUGAUGCUUAUUCAACUGGCUCUUCUUUAAUGCCACAAAAGAAAAACCCUGAUUCUUUAGAAUUAUUAAGAGGUAAAUCAGGUAGAGUUUUCGGUUCUUUAGCUGGAUUUUUAAUGUCAAUUAAAUCAAUUCCAUCAACUUAUAAUAAAGAUAUGCAAGAAGAUAAAGAACCAUUAUUUGACUGUUUAACUACAGUAGAACAUUCUGUUUUAAUUUCAACUGGUGUUAUUUCAACUUUAUCAAUAAAUAAAGAAGCUAUGGAAGGUGCAUUAACUAUGGAUAUGUUGGCAACUGAUUUAGCUGAUUAUCUUGUUCGUAAAGGUGUUCCAUUUAGAGAAACUCAUCAUAUUUCUGGUGAAUGUGUUAAAACUGCUGAAGAUGAAAAAUUAUCAGGUAUUGAUCAAUUAACUUUAGAACAAUUUAAAAAAAUUGAUUCAAGAUUUGAAGAUGAUGUUAAAGAUACUUUUAGUUUUGAAGUUUCAGUUGAAAGAAGAACUGCUACUGGUGGUACUGCUAGAUCUGCUGUUAAAAAACAAUUAGAAUCUUUAAAAUCUCAAAUUACUAAAUAA